AUGAUGGACGAAGUCAAGUUCCAAAGCACACCGACGGCCGCAGCUGCCAACGGAGGAGGUCUCAAAGGAUCUUCGUCUACGACGGAUUCUCCUGGAGUUGGCAGUGAUGAUAACAGGAAUUCUUCCAGUGGUAGUGGACAAGCCUCGUCAAGACAUACGUCGCUCUCGUCGUCCAACAACAACACCCAAAGCUUGUCUCCGGAAGAACAAUGCCAUCCCUCAUGGCCAUUGUCCAAGAUUGUCACGGCGCGUCUCUUGUUUGGACUGCUCUUGACGGCCGUCGGGAUUGUCUUGGCGUUUGAAGCCUAUUCGUUCCUCACAAAGAGUGAAGCCGCGUUGGCGGAAACCCAAUUUGCAUCCAUUGCCGAACGCGCUUUGUCCAGUGCCCAAGCGAUUGUCCUGCGCAAACGCAAAGGCGCCGUGACCUUGGCGAGUGUCUAUGCGAAUGUCCAUCCACACGCCCGCGAUUGGCCCAAUGUCGCCGUCGAUGGAAUUCCCGAAAUCAUGAAGCAUGUCAUUGAUACCAGUGAUGGCCGUGGUACUGCGUUCAUGCCCAUGCUGCAGCCGCAUCAAGUUGCCGAUUGGGAACUAUUUGCGUACAACUACUAUACGUCGGAACAACAACGACGACCACCUUUGAAUUUGACAUUGUUCAAUAGUAGUUUUGGUUUUGGCAUUUGGGCCCGGGAUCCUACACUCAACAACACGGACAAACGCUAUCACGACACCACGGGGGAAUCUCCCUGGGGCAGUCCGUACACGUUCUUGGCACCCGUCUUUCAAGGACAAGCACCGGGCAUGCCCAAAGUACGACUGUGGAAUUAUCAUGCCGACAAGAGUCGGGGCAUCAUGAUGGAUGAUAUCUACGAGUGUUCUCAAAAACUUACCACGUUUGCAGACAAGAGCUGCAGUGCCAUUAACGAUGCCUUUUUCCUCAUUGCCAUUCCACAAUCCAAUGGACCGGCCGCCUUUUUACAAGAACCCAUCUAUCCAGCCACCACAUCCACCAACUUGACGGGGUUUGUCGUCUCGGUCAUUUUGUGGAGUGAUACAUUGGAACAGGUUGUGGCGGAUGAAGUCAGUGGGGUCGAUUGUAUUCUGAAUACUGCCACCCAAAGUUUUACCUAUCAUAUUCAUCAAGGUGUGGCCACCUACAUUGGCAAAGGAGACCUGCACGAUCCAGACUACUCUCACUUUGGAGAAACCAUUGUCUUGACGGGCCAAGACUUGUUUACCGAGGCAUCCGCAACGUACAAUUUAACACUCUAUCCAUCCGCAGACUACUUUCACGUAUACAGUACGGACAAUCCAAAAGUGGCGACCAUUGGAGCGGCAUGUAUCAUUGUCUUUACCAGUAUUGCCUUUCUGCUCUAUGAUGCCAUUGUGCGAAGAGUCGUACGAGACAAACAAGCCAUACUGGAUGCCAAACGACAGUUCAUGAGAUUCGUUUCACACGAGGUUCGCACCCCACUCAACUCGGUUGUCAUGGGAUUGAAGUUAUUGCAAGAAGAGAUUGUCACCUUAUUUGGUGCAACUCAUGGCCAGCAGCAGCAAUCCUCAUCAUUAGUGUUGGAUGAUAACCACGGCAAUAGCAGGAACGACACAACCAAGAGGACGACGACAUCGACAAAAGAAGCACAAAUGGGAGCUCUGACAGACUUGUCUCAUGAAAUCAUUGGGAGUGCCGAAAGUGCCGUGGCGGUGCUCAAUGAUUUGCUCAACUACGAUAGGAUCGAGAGGGGAGACUUGCCGCUCGAAAUCUCCAUUGUCAGUAUUUGGAAGGUCAUUGAAGCGACCUUUGCUGAAUUCAAAGUACCGUAUCAAGCAAAGGGAGUCAAGUUUGAACUGGAUUUCAGUCAAUUGAUUGAUGGCGGGGAAGACCAAUCCAACUUUGGUGACGUGGAGGGCGGUGGUGUGCGACCGACUGCCCAACCAAUCAAAAGUUGCAAACACCUGCCUCGGAGUGCACUCGAACGAAGGGUUAUUGGCGAUUCCAUCCGCAUUUCUCAAGUGAUACGGAAUCUAGUCAGUAAUGCAAUGAAGUUCACACCAACAGGAGGCAAUGUCACGGUCAUGGUUUCGUGGGUGCGGCCUACUCAACAUGACGAAAGCAAAGCAAGUCUCGAAGAGUUCAGCUUGAAUAACUGUCCAGAUACCGUAAAACUCAAACAGAGUGGCAAGCUUCUUGUGGCCGUGAAAGAUACCGGAGCAGGCAUGAAGCCAGACCAAGUACAAAACUUGUUUCGCCCCGGUGUGCAGUUUGACGUUAAUGAACUUCAGGCUGGAAAGGGAAGCGGUUUGGGAUUGUAUAUUGCCAAGGGAAUUUGCGAACACCAUUGUGGUACGCUAACAGCCGCUUCCGACGGUCGUGGGAAAGGAACUACUAUUACGAUGUCUCUUCCUUUGUACCAUGUGCCCGAUGAAGCGCUGCCGGAAAGCCUGAAGCGUCUACAGCUGGGCAAAGUACAGAAUAGUACGUCGCUCCUGAGCACUGAGAAGCUGCAACAAGCCAAUUCUUCGUUAUCGGCAUCGAACCGAUGGAAUGACUCGCUUCGUAUCCUGAUUGUCGACGACGCCCAUAUGAACCGGAAGAUUCUUACCAAGCUGCUCGGUAACCGUGGACAUGAAUGCGAUCAAGCCGAAAACGGGGUGGAGGCGGUGAAGAUGGUGAAGAAAUCGCUGGGUAGUGGGGAGUCGGCAGAAACGUAUGACACAAUCCUAAUGGAUUAUGAAAUGCCCAUAAAGAAUGGGCCUGACGCUGUGAAAGAUAUUCGGGCUCUUGGUUGUGAUAGUUUUGUGAUCGGUGUCACGGGCAACAUCCUUCCGGAAGACCAGGCUCAUUUCAAGGAGUGCGGGGCGAAUUGGGUGUUUCCAAAGCCCUUACGAAUAGAAGAUCUUGAAUCUAUCUGGGACGAAUAUGGCAUCACAGGGCGGCGCCGUUCCGUUGAGGAGAACGCGUGA